GCAGUGGUCGUGCCCUCACUGGCGCAGUGUGUUCCCUUCCUUGCCUGCAGCAUGCUAAGAUUGUGUGUCAGCGUGCAUCUCUGGGAGGUGCUCUUGCAUGUGUUUAUAAUGUCCAGUCUACCGGGAAAAGCAGAAAAGUCCUUGUGCAGGGCCCCCAGUAACAGCUCUCCUCUGUCUCUCUUUGAUUUGCAGAACAAUCAAGUUCUUGGGAUCGGAAGCGGUUCUACAAUUGUCCAUGCAGUGCAUCGACUAGCUGAGAGGGUUAAACAGGAGAACCUGACGAUUGUCUGCAUCCCUACGUCUUUCCAGGCCCGUCAGCUGAUCCUGCAGAACGGCUUAACGCUAAGUGACUUGGACCGACAUCCAGAGCUUGAUGUCGCCAUCGACGGAGCGGAUGAAGUAGACUCUGACCUCAACCUUAUCAAAGGUGGCGGUGGUUGCUUGACGCAGGAGAAGAUAGUUGCAGGAUAUGCAAAAUGCUUCAUCGUUAUUGCUGAUUACAGGAAAAAAUCAAAGAGCCUCGGGGAGCAAUGGAAGAAGGGAAUUCCUAUCGAAGUCAUCCCCAUGGCUUACGUCCCCGUCACCAGAGCCCUGACCAAAAACUUCGGAGGCGCUGCGGAGCUGCGGAUGGCUGUUAGCAAAGCGGGCCCCGUGGUGACAGACAAUGGGAACUUCAUCCUGGACUGGAAGUUUGACAAGGUUCAUGAAUGGAGUAAAGUGAACACCGCUAUAAAAAUGAUACCAGGUGUGGUGGAGACGGGACUCUUCAUCGACAUGGCAGAGGUGGUGUACUUCGGCAUGGAGGACGGCUCGGUCAGCGUGCGGGAGAAGCAGCCUCGCUGCCACCAGCACGCUGCCUGCUCUGCUUCGCCUUCAGCCAGUUUGAUUCAGCUGUUGUAACGGUGCCAACCUGACGUUUUGCCUUAACGAGCAGCGGUUAUUGCAGAAGACGGACGGGAAGUUGAUCAGAAUCCGCUGAUGUGAUACUGAAUGUCUUUUUUUAAAAACAACAAAAAAAAUUAUAUUCUAUUUCUAUAUAUAUAUAUAUUUUUACU